AACAUCGCCCUUCGCUCUUUUUUGAUGACUUUGUUGCAAAAACAAAAUUUGGGGUUGAAAGGUCAAACAAUCAGUGUAAUAAUUCAUCCCGCUCGCACGCGCGCCGUAAUAUUUUAUAUUCUACUAUAUUUACCAACUCAUUUAAUGAAAUAAAAUAUCUUCAGUGAGGUUUGUCUGUCUACUUUAUUUUUUAUUUGUUUAUUUAUUUUUUUUUUUUUUUGCUUUCCGGUUUCUUCUGUUAAGUGACCUCACGUGCACCGCUGCAGGUGUUUUUGCGCGAGCGUCUGCGGGUGUCUGCGAACAGCGGCACGUCGUUGCCGCCUCCGCUCCCACCUCCCCGUCACCACCAGCCGGAUCGGACUGACACUCCGAGCCGCCAUCCCCUGUCGCCACACCGGUACUAUCUCCCUCGCUUCCCCUCCACCCCUCUCCACCUCCCUCUCUCUUCACCUUCAUCUCAAUCCCUCCCUCCUCUUCGUCUUCCUCCUCCUCCUUCGGCUGUUGUUGCGCCUCCGCCGCCGCCGCCGCCGCUGGCGCUUCUGCUGCAGCUCACAACUUCCAGAGAGCCUCGUCUCCGGCACAACAAGUCCGCCCUCUGGUUCCCCCCCGUACCGGCCGGGGGGAUGCUCGUCUCGCUCGCCUUCAAUGCGAUGUGAUAAAUGGGCCGCGCAGGAUGUGAAGCCCCGCAAGAAGAAGCAGGAGGAUGGCGAAACCGGGCUUGUCUGCCGCGGCGUUGCCGCUGCUCCUGCUGGGCUCCUUCCUCUCGGCGUCCUCCGUUAAAGCCGACGCUGCGCUGUCAGCUCCGCUCAAUGUGACCAUCAGAGAGCUGGAGGUCAACUCGGCUGUGGUGACGUGGGAGAUCUCGGAGGGAGAUCCCGUCAUCGGAUUCGCCAUCACGCAACAGAAGAAGGAUGUGCGGAUGUUGAGGUUCAUCCAGGAAGUGAACACCACCACCCGCUCCUGCGCGCUGUGGGACCUGGACGAGGAUACCGAAUACAUCGUCCACGUCCAGAGCAUCAGCAUGGGAGGCAGCAGCCCCCCCAGUCAGCCCGUUCUCUUCAGAACGCCAAAAGAGUCGGAGAAAAUGGCGUCCAAGAAUCCCGACGAGGUGACGAUGGAGGAGGUUGGUCAGGAUGCCCAGCUGAGGGCCGGAGAGCUCAUCAUCAUUGUUGUGGUGCUCGUCAUGUGGGCAGGGGUGAUCGCCUUGUUUUGUCGUCAGUAUGACAUCAUCAAAGACAACGAGCCCAACAACAACAAGGACAAAGCCAAGAACUCCUCAGAGUGCAGUACUCCUGAGCACCCACAAGGGGGGUUACUGCGCAGCAACGUCUAGGACCAACCUUCUGUCGCCUUCUGCAAUAACCAACCUAAGACCUCAGGACGGACCCUGAGACCAACAGAAAGCCAUUCUCAGAAAAAAGACAAAAAAAAUAUUGACGAACAGAUCAAACCAAUAAAGGAAUCUUCUUGAGACAACGGAGCAAGCGUGCAAAAUCAAAGGCUACAAGCAGCCGAACUGGAAACGGCGGACUGUCGCCUCCCUCCUGCCGAUACAUGGCGGACUUUUGACCAGAGCUGCCCGAUUCAUAUGGUUUUGUUACUCUUCGUCGGUGACAUGGAAUCCCCCCUGACCUCUCUAACCUGGGAGUGUUGAUUAUCGAAUGUGAACGUCAAACUCAACAUGUGGACGCCAGUUCCAAGGUGGCGGGAACUGGAGAUGGGCUGGUCCAGGUAUCAGCCAGCGCACAACUAUGACUAGAGUUCAUGUUUUCUGUCGGUCCAUCUGCUUUGGUUCCUUUCUGUCUUUGUUCCUGCUCAUCUCUCUCCUUGUCUCUCUGUGUUGGUGUGGCUCUAAUAAGCACAUUGCCGUUUGGUGCUCCUCUUACUGUGAUUGCUUCUUGAACUCCUCUACAGUCCCACCGCUGAUUGCAGUCUGAGUUUUCUCCUUGGGUCGCGAGUGUUGCAUGACGAGUGUCGUCUCCAGCUUUUCUCUCUCUCUCGUUACCGUCAGUUCAAAUGAUGCAUCCGUUCCUUCGCCUCACUAAACGGAACUUUAAACUCUCCCAUCAGCCCAGCAGAUCACAUUUGACAGGCUUAUUACCCUCCACCUAUAUUUUGCCGACGAGGUGAUGACUGAGUAUGGCGAUGAUUCACGGAGAGUUCAAGGAUUGACAAGGAGUGCGUCACCCGUUUCUGACUUAUUGUCACUUUGGGUUGUAAAACUACCGGGCCCUGCGCGGCGUGCCAACGUUUAGAAAGACGCCGCAGCGGGUUUGGGUAUUGUCGUUCGUCGCUGCAUAUUCAGCACCAUAUGCCGUUUGUGGUCCGCAGCAGGACGAGCAGGGAAUGUGAAUCCUCUAAUGCGAUGUAGAAUGUGGCCGCGUUUCCCCGUGCGGUUUGGCCGAAGACCAACGGGGAUGCCAGGAAGUGAAGGCCGUAAGAGGACACACUCAGUCCUGCGCUGGACCCAGAUCUGUCAAUGAAUGCGAGGCUCUCCAAACUCCUGGUACACUCUCAGUAGGAGAACACAACAUGAAACAGGACAAAAAUCUGACAUUCAGGAACUUCAUCCUUAAAACUGGGGUAUGUUUCUUUAUGUUUAAAAAAAUUACAUAUUUGUUAAAACUGUCACUAUGUCCUCAUAAAUGUCCUUAUACAUAUAAUAUGAGGCAAAUAAUCUGUGAAAAAAUCAAUCUACUAUAGCCGUCCCAAAAAACAUUUUCCGGUCUCAGUUAAAAACAACUAAUCAAAGCCAGGAGGAGGGUCUUAGCGCUGUCAAUCUAUCUCAUGUACGUUCUACUAAAUGUGAAGAAACAACUUACCAUUACAGGAAGACCGUUUACCCACCGUCAUCGCCAUUAGGGGCCAUGCUAACUAGCCUUGGCAUCCACGGCAGCCUUCAUUGUGGUGAACCAGCUGUAGCAUAGUAGAAAGAAAGGGGGAGGGUGGUUGACAGCGCUAAGACCCUCCUCCUAGCUCUGAUUGGUUGUUUUUGACAGAGCUGUGUAUUUAUUCAAAUGAUAGAAAGUCUAAGGUGAGGGAGCUUGAUUUUUACAGAUUAUCUGCCUCACACCAUACUGUGAUAACAUAGUGAGAGUUUUAACCAGCAUGAGAAAAAAACAUAUUUUUGAUGAAAAUUAGACAGACAACUAGAUUAAAACUUCCUUGAUGGUACAAUAUACAAUGUCAGCCACUUAUUGACCUUAAAAUGCCUUCACUUAUUGUUGCAGUAGCAUAAAUCUCACACAGAAAAAUCUAGAAUUCUGGUGAAGCAUUUCUAUAUAAAAUUUUGCCAAGUGAAAUACUUAAAUAUUCUUUUACUUAAAAAAAAAAGUAUGUCUUCCACUUUAAAUACGUCUUCCCCCCCAAGGUUCCCAGGGCGUUGGGAAAAGUAGUCCCACAGCAUUACAGAUCCUUCACCGUACUUAUGGCAUGGUUGCUUUUCCUUUGAACUUUGAUUGACUUAAAUACAUUAAAUACAGAUUCCAAUUAUGCAAUGGUUACAUUUAUUGUAUAGAUAAUUGUUAGGGGAAGCAAUGAAUGUGCCAGCAAAAAUUCAGUGCUAAAAAUGUACGUUUUUGACAUGAGUUUUUUUCUUUCUCCAAACGAAUUCCACUAAUGUGGAGAAAUUAAAGGUAGGAUUUUCCUACAUGUUUCAGCAUAACGUAGCGAUGAAAGGGAGAUUUUUAUGGUAUUUUACGCAACUGUUCCAGGAGUGUCGAAAUAAGUGGUUGGCCCUGAAAGUCUGUGUCUCAAAAUGGUUAUUUCUCAUAUUUAAAAUACACGAGAAGCAAGUCACAAUGCCACUUUUGUGAUAAAAAAAAACAACUAAAUAAACUAUAAAUGAAACCAGUCGACACUUCCAAUCAAAUAUUUACUUUUGCCUGUUUCUCCGUGUCCCAGAACUCCAUUGUUGGCAGACUGUUAUGAAGUUACAAAAAUCAUGCAACAACAAAUGUGGCCACUCUUAUUUAUUCUCCAAUCUCUCUGCUGUAGUGCAUGAAAUGUGUAUCGUUGCGCCACUGAAAAUAGUUCCCCGGAGUAACGCGCUGUAAUAAAUCCAUGUCAGGUCAACAUUUGUUGCCCAGCUGCCUUUAUCACACCAGCUUAGUUGGCGGACAUUUGCAACUUCUUGUUUAGGAAAAGUGAAACGUAGCACCCCGCGGCUGUAUUGACACCCCUGUUAAAGAUGUGUAAAAGAAAGAAAAGGAAAAAAAGCUUUAAUCCCUUUAUUACAUUUGAUCUGCUCAGACAGGAUUUAGCAUGCUGUUGUUGCAGCGUCAAAAGCAAACAGCAACGCUAAUCAACUGACAGACUGAAGUUGAUUUAAAGUGAGAGGUGAAAAGCCACACUUUUUCUGCGUUUAUUUUACAUUUACAUAGACCACGAGAAAGUUAAACAAGUUGCUUUAUUGUAGUAUUUACAUACCAAAAAAGGGUUCUGAUUAAUGGUGACACACUCGCUGUGUGUUAAAAUAGCAUUCCUACCACUUCAUUUUUUUAAAAUGCAAAUAUUAUGACAUUACAACCACAAACUUCAGAUUUUUGGGGAUGAGGAGACAAAAUGGAAGAAGAAGAUUUUCAUAGUUAUUUUCUUUAGAAGCAAAAGCAAAUCUUAAAGGGGGAGAUUGCAUUUGUUCUUAGCCUCAUUUAAGCUAAUACCCUGAAAUAAAGUCCAGUGAAAGCAUCUGUUUUCAGAAAUAGCAUGAUUAGUCGUUCUUACUCCAGCCGCCACGGGACUCCAGAGCGGUCACAACUCGUGUCGCUCCGUCUGUGCCUGUCUUUUCGAGACAUUGCGAAAAGUUUCACUUGUUCCAAAUUGACCGUGCUCCACUGCACAAAGCAACAUCCGUAAAGAGAGGCAUGAGGGAGUUUUGUGUGAAGGAAGUGGACUGGCCUUCAUGUUGCUCUGGCAUGAAGAUGAUGGAGCACAUCCAACACACACUGCUUGAUGUGUUUCAAGCAGUUUUAAACAUCAGAAUUAUUUUCUCCUUUCUGUUCUGUUCUGAUGUUUUUUUACUUUCACGUCAGUGUGAUUCGUUUUAAUUAGUAAGCCACGAGUCUCUGUUUCUCGGGCGUAAACAGAUGAUCGUUUCUCAAACGAAGUCUUCGAAAUGGAAAAGACAAGAAAACAUACCAUUAAAGGCAGACGGCUACAGUUAGAGCAACAAUACUAUUUUUAAUCAACUUAUCUUCCCACCAUAGACAGUACCUGUGUUUCCUUUGACCAUACAAUUGCGCAAAUUGGAAUUCCGAAAAUAAAUUUGCUUAAUGGAAACAUGGCUUUUUUUUUU